AACACCUUCACCUCUUCUUCCUUCCCGACCAAAUUCAAUCGGCAAGACAUCAAUUCAAAGUACUUCCUUCACUCCGCCUCCACCAACAACACCAUCUCACAAGCAAAAUACCAAGCGCUCCUUCGUAUUCCCCAACCCGCAUCCUUCGCCCAUCAGCUGACUCGGCAUACAUCUACCCUGCGCUUGUCAGCGACCCGACAGUGUGGUUCUUCCAGCUCUCCACGCGAAACUCAAUCUGAAGUUCUGCAGUGUCUUGCUGCAAAGGAAGGACGUUCCGUCACGACUCUCGCGCAUAAUCAUCACAGCCGCGCCCCCGAAGAAGAAGGAGCCACUCAUCACGUCUAUCGCUUGUCGGGGAAGCUCGCAUGCGAGUCGUCAUCACAAUUCUAGUGUUGAUCUGAUAUUACUUGCUAGUUUUGGAUAUAGCUUGUCAGUCUCGAUACGGCUUUUGACAGCUUUGCUCUGACGACGAGAAGAAUUGCAACGAUGCCGCGGCUGGAAUUCGUGACCUUGGACGUUUUCACGAAGGAGAGAUAUGCGGGAAAUCCGCUGGCUGUGGUGAAGGUGCCGGAGGGUGUUGAGGUCUCGACAGAGGUCAUGCAAAAGAUCGCGAGGGAAUUCAAUCUGAGCGAAACGAUCAUCAUUCACGAUGCGAAGACAGGUGCAGAUGGCCUGCCCGAAUGGAGAGUCCGUAUUUUCUUGACUUACGCCGAGAUUCCUUUCGCCGGUCAUCCUACAAUCGGCGCCGCAGUCUACGCUCUGGGCAACCUGUCCGCCGACUCAUCUUCUGUCUCGCGCAAAGGGCGAUUAUUGGCGAACGCCGGACCUAUGGAACUCACGUACAAUCCGUCUACAGGUGUGGCUACAGCAGGCAUCGCUCACAAUUUCCAUGAGCAUGUGCAGUACCCUUUCACAGUGGAAGAGGUACAUGCUCUGCAACCUGCGCUGAAGACGGCCGUGAAGCUCUCGCAGCAGAACAUUGCGAUCGUCAGUCCUGUCAAGGGAAUGAACUUCGUUGCAGUCGAAUUGCCUGAUCUGAAAGCACUUGCUGCAGUCAGCACAUCUUUCAAGCCUACUCCAAAGCUGGAUGAUGACUGGAACGUUGGUUUCUCUGGGUCGUACUACUACGUCUACACAUCGUCUCCUGCCAAAUCAUCUGAUGGAAUCGAGAAGAUCACAGUGCAGUCUCGUAUGAUCGAAGGUCUAUUCGAAGACCCUGCAACAGGUUCAGCGGGCUGUGGCUUUGCUUGCUAUGCUGCACUAAAGAGAGCCAGCAGCAAAGUCACGCACUUCAGUAUCACGCAAGGAGUGGAAAUGGGUAGGAAAUCUGACAUCGAGGUCACCGUAACACUGACCGAGGAUUUGAAAGCUAUCGAGCACGUCGAACUUGGCGGUUCGGCUGUCAAGGUCAUGGAAGGCUUUGUGGAGUAUUGAAAUUCGAUGAGCCGAUGGAUGGAACGUGAACUAUCUCGUCAACAGGUCCCGAGAACUGGCAUCGUACUCGGCAUGUCUCAUCCACUCCAUUUCAUGAAUACGCUGCCAGUCGCUACCACGCAGACAUCAACAGAGCCACAGACAAUGUCUCAAGACCUCCUGUAUCUAGUCUCAAAUAACACCUUCCAGACCAGAAACAAAUCUCAAAUCACGAAAUCCCGCA